UCUGCAGUCAACCAUGGAAACCUUACAAUCUUCACACGACUUCCACCAUGCGAAGUACCACAUCGCGUCACACUCCGGGAACCACUCACGAUACGUCACCAUUCACCAGCACUGAGGAUAGUCUCAGCUCUCGGCCUUCGUCAUCAACAGACCACCCUUUAUCGUCAUCAUCAUCGCAGGCAACCUCAUCGUCUUCGGCUUCAUCGACCGGGUCGGGAACUGCGGUCGCUUCUUCUUCUUCAUCUUCGUUUUCAAUCGCGACCACAACUGAAACCAGUGGUGAAGCAUUCACGGCAGCCUACAGUCCAAUAGGAUAUGAAGUGGAGUGUGGACUAUCCAAUUAUUCCAGUUUCACUUCUGGCAAAAUUGUUGGAGGAGUCGCCGCUGAAAGAGGUCAGUUUCCAUGGCAGAUAUCACUGCAGGUGUUGACAGACACGUCGGCCAGACACAUCUGUGGCGGGGCCAUCGUCAGCUCGCAUUGGAUAGUGACGGCGGCGCACUGCGUCUACAAAGUGGGACCUGAGAAGCUGUCCGUAGUGGCCGGUGACUACAAUCUCUACACUGUUGAAGGACAUGAACAGCGAAGAAGAGUUGUAAAAAUUAUAAAACAUAACUAUGUGAGGCAGAACUUCUCAAACGACAUUGCUCUACUGCAGGUCUGGCCCAAGUUGCGCCUUGAUGGAUUCUGGACAGCUCCGAUUUGCAUUCCAAUGUCUUCGCUAAAAUUCGAUUCAGGAUCAGCUACUGUGACUGGUUGGGGACGGCUGUCGGAAAAUGGAGGACUGGCCCAUAUCCUUCAGCAAGUGACUCUGCCAAUCAUACCCAAGAAGAGAUGCAAUGAGCUGUACGAGAGUGCUGGCUAUGGAGAUUAUCUCAACAAAUGCCAGAUGUGCUGUGGUCUGGAGGAUGGAGGUGCCGAUUCCUGUCAGGGCGACUCAGGCGGCCUGAUCUGCGGCAUGGACGAUGGCCGGUACUACCUGUGUGGCGUAGUGAGCUGGGGCGUCGGAUGCGCCAGACCCAACUACCCGGGCGUCUACACACUGGUGCCCUGCUUCACAGACUGGAUCAUCAGUGUCAUCUACAAACACACCAUUCCCCACCACUCCCCCUCCUUGUUCAGUCGACACGGCAAGCUCAUCACAGAUGACAUCACCUAAUGCUGCUCGCCCUCGCCGGUGUAUGUAUUCGUGUACAAAGCUUUAAUUAGGCGUAUUUUGUGUUUGAGAAAUUCGGAGCACCGUUUCCCAGCAAACUUACAUCUAGAUCCAGAUGAGUUCAAUAUCUUGCGACGUAAGUUUUAGUUUCCAUGAAAUCCGACUAACAUCUCCCAGGCAUAGAUGAAUGAGUAACCUGAGAAGUGUUUAGAUUGCAAAGUAAUUUUAUUUUGCAUGAAAUACGGCUAUCAUUCUCCAACUAACUUACAGAGUGGCCCAACAGUGACUACAGUAUACGUUAAACCGUGUUAAAGUCGAUCAGUACGUAUAAAGGUGAUCACAGUUGACAUUUCCAAAUCAACCGUCAUUUACAGUUACAAUGAACACUGUAUAAAUUGAGAAAAAUGAUGGAUAUAAUUGUCUGUUAUUGAGUUCUUACAAUUAGUUUCCCUGUGAAUGCUUGAAAAAAGUUUUUUUUUGAACAUUCAAACAUCUGACUUAAUAACUGGUAACUUAUUAAGCUUAAUAAUAUGUAGUGUUGUCUUUUGGGCCGUUCUGUAUAAAUAAUAAAAAAUAAUUUUAUCAUAGAUAUGAGUAUAUAGAGGGUUGGUGGGAAUAAUGUAAACAUCUGUUACAACAAUAAUUUAACAGUGGGUUUCAUUGGGUUUACAUUCGAUUAAAAAAACUACUUUUCUUUCGCUUCAUAAUUUUCGUUUGAUAUCUUGGAACCGCCAUUUUGAAUCCAACUUGAAUUUCUUAGAUGGGAAUGUGUUCAUAUGAUACAUGAUUUCAAGAGAGAAUGAAUGGCGAAAACCACACAUCGAUAUCUCAUAUCGUUUUAAAGUUAUUCACUCUUAAAGGUACCAAUAAAUCAUACAAAAAUUAAAUGAGUAGUCUACAAAGAAAUUGUAAAAAAUUCAAUAUAUCAAAUUUCACAGUGCAAUAUUAACAUCUAAUCACAUGUUUUACAUUUGAGCAGAAAAGUUUGAUUUUACUUUCCUUGUCCUAUUACCAUAGGUAAGGAAAGUA